CCGGACUUUGAGGCUGAAGUCGGCACCCAGGAGAGACGAUUCAGCCAUCUCGGGCCUUGCUCGCUCUCCUGAGAGAGAAGAUCCUUUCUCGCCCGCCUUCAGCCGCGGUGUGGAGGCAGAAGCCACGCUCGGGUGGAGGGGGCCGAGGCCGCCUGAAGGGAGAAGGGGUGGGGAUAUCUGGACACCCAGGGGGCCACGGCCUUGCGAUCGGAAUUCGCCGUCUGGCGUUAUAGCCGCUGGAGUCGAGUCGUUGGCAGCCCUUCCUCCAGGCUGAGCCCCCUGCCCGCUUGCCGGGCGCCAUCGGGUUGGGGGAGCAGAGGGUGCGCCCGCACCUGCCCAUUCAUUCAUUCCGCGUCUGCUGUUGAGCCCGGCGCCGUGAUGUGAAAUUAAAUGCACCAAACGUCCAUGGGUGUCUUGGAGAACCACCUGAGCACCAAGUACACACGUACCGUACUUCAGAGGCAUACCGGACGACAAAACCUCGCAGAUGUGAGAGAGAAGCUUGAAACAUGCUGCUUAACACAGGCUCGAUUUGAAGAAAGGUUUUAAAAUCAUUAGGGAGGAGAAAACAGCACUUUUUGUGCAAUGACGCCAACUCUCCAGCCUUGUCAGUAAGAAGCAGACAGGAGCCCUAACAAAGCUGUGAGUCUGAACGAGGCCCGGCCAGGCUCAUUCUCAGGCCCCCCCAGACCGACGCUCACUCCUCUGGAGACCAGCCUUGAAGCCCUGAGACCGGGCAGAUGAUGGAUGAGUCAGACGAUGAUUUUAAGGAACUCUGCGCCAGCUUUUUCCAGAGGAUGAAAAAAAAUGGCACCAAGGAAGCGUGUGGGGAGAGGAAAACACAGAAGGCCUCAAAGAGCACUCAAAGAAAAAACACACUGAAACGGACCAAACCAGCUGCUACCGAGAGCAAAACCCCUCACCCCCCCGGGGAGAGGAAGGCUGGGUCUGGCAGCCAGGUCUCCAGGAGCCAAAAGCCAGGGGCAUCCAAGCGGCAGGAGCGCGCACCGGCCCCCUCUGAGCACGGGGAGGGAGGCGCUGCUGCCGAGCUCCGGGAGAGCGUGCGGCGCCCCCAGACAGAGGCCGCUCCGGCCAGCAGCAGCCAGCCCCCUCCUUCCUGUCUGACCGUGUCAGUGCCGAGUCCCUCCAAACCCCGGACGGCAGAGCUCGUCCUCCAGCGAAUGCAGCAGUUCAAGAGAGCAGACCCCGAGCGUUUGAAGCACGCUGCAGGAGGGUGCUCCCCGGAGGCUGCCCUUGAAGAAAAGGUCCUAAAGGGCCCUCCAGACGAGAUGGUGGCUGGGAAUGGGUCAGAGCCUGCACUCCCCGCCACAGAGAGCGACGCUGCCGUGGCCUUGGCCUUGCAGCAGGAGCUUGGGCAGGAACGAGCAUCCGCGCACGGCGACAGCCUGGAAGAGAAGGGCCUGUUCUUCUGCCAGAUCUGCCAAAAGAACCUCUCAGCCAUGAACGCCACCCGGAGGGAGCAGCACGUGAACCGGUGCUUGGAUGAGGCUGAAGAGGCGCUGAGACCCGCGGCUCAGAUCCCUGGGUGCCCGGUGUGUGGCAAGCCGUUUCUCACCCUAAAGAGCAGAAUCAGCCACCUGAAACAGUGUGCGGUGAAGAUGGAGAUUGGCCCACAGCUCCUGCUCCAGGCCGUGCGGCUGCAGGCGGCUCAACUUGAGGGGACCUGCAGCCCUCCAGGACCAAGCUUCGGCAGUCGUGCGGGCGGUUUGAAGCGGAAGGGAGCCGCGGCCAAGCAGGAGCCACAGAGGAAGCGGAAGGCCCGCAAGGCCGAGGUGCCAUCAGAGGACCUGCUGGUGGCCAUGGCCCUGUCCCGGUCCGAGAUGGAGCAGGAGGCUGUGCCGGCGGCGCUCAGACUGGGGAGCGCUGUGCCCGGGAGGACUCUGCCAGGAGCAGAAAAGAAGAGUCGCAAGAAGAAAGCCCCCGUCUCCCCGCCCCAGCUGUUAGUCCAGGACGCAGAGACCACACGGAGGCAGAUGGAGGCCCGGGUGGCCCAGCUCCUGGCCGAGGAAGCAGAGCUGCCCAGCACGCCACCCCUUCCCCCCAGCAGAAUUUUAAAGGAAGAGCUGGAAAAGGCCAGCCAGCGUCUGCCACCGCCCAAAGGGAAGCAGAACUUUCUGUGGGAAGGCAGUGCCCUGACCGGGGCCUGGGCUCCCGAAUCCUUCUACACGGCAAGCCUGGCACCUCCCAUGGUGCCCCAGCUGCCCCCCAAGGGUCUCACCCAGGCGUCCACGCUGCCUCCAGUGCUGCCUGACCAGCCAGAGCUGGGUGUGCACACACUGCCAGCUCCCCUCAGUGCCCACCCUCUGGGCUGCAUGUCACCCUCUGCCAGCCAGAGGGAGCACCAGGCCCUGCAGGACCUCGUGGACCUAGCAGGAGAGGGGCUGAGCGCCAGCCCAUGGCCCUGCAGCGGCGACCUGGCCAGCUCAGGAAGGGCCACAGGGAUGGGCUUGUCUCCCAGUGGCCUUCCACCAACUGGGUUUGUCCUGCCACCCAAGGAGCAGCAUCUGGAGCAGGACAGCCAGGCCUCGCUUUCGCUCGGUUUGCUGCUGGCCGACUUCAGAGCCAUGGUCAAUAACCCGCACCUCAGUGACAUCCAGUUCCAGACGGACAGCGGGGAGGUGCUGCACGCCCACACCUUCGUGCUUUAUGCCCGGUGCCCCCUUCUAUUCCAGUAUGUGAGCAGGGAAGGUUUCUCCGCUGUAGAAGACGGCGAGCCCAGGACCCAGCGCGUCCUGCUGAGUGGUGUGAGCCCCGAGACCGCCCGCGCCUUCCUGCAUUACCUCUACACGGCGGACUCCGGCCUGCCCGCCGAGCUGGCCCCUGGCCUGAGUGCCCUGGCCCACAGAUUUGGGCUGAGCGAGCUCGUUCUCCUGUGUGAACAAGCACCUGUCGUGAUGGAUUCAGAGGGUGGAGGACGGAAGGAGAAGGAAAACGAGGAUUGUGAAAGCAGAGCAGAGAAUUUCCAAGAACUCUUGAGGUCGAUGUGGAGAGAUGAAGAGGAAGAAGUGGAGACUUUGUUGGGGUGUGAGGGUGCUGAGGAAGACAGAGAAAAAGUGAAUGAAGCAGAAAUGGAAGAAAUUUAUGAAUUUGCUGCUACUCAGCGAAAGCUGCUGCAGGAGGAAAGAGCUCCAGAGGUUGAGGGGGCAACCAGCCAACUUGGGGAGGAGGGUCCAGUUUCUGGGCGAAUCCUGGCCCAGGUUAAAGAACAGCUGGAAAACGCAAAACAGACGGACUCGUCGGGACAGGGCAGCGGUGAGGCCCCAGCCAGGUGGGAGGGCACGAGCCGGUCCACAGCCCUGCUCCUCGAGGGCCAGGCUUCGGGCUUGGAGGAGAGAGCGGGGCCCCCCAGGGAAGCACUGGCUCCCUCGAGCCGCUCUAGCGCUGGUCCUGCUCGCAGCUGCCAGGCAGGGAGAAAGGGAGGCGCCUUCCUGUAUCCGGUGGACUUCGGUGAUGAUGGACAGCCUUUUUCAUCAGCUCAGUACCCUGAACCGUCCCAAACCAUGCACGACCCCAAGGAAGAAAACAGCCCUGUUGGGGAGAGGGGGCUGGAGAGCGCCCAUCUGCCCGCCCGCCAGUGGGCGCCCCCCUCAAACCUAAGCCUCUCCCGGUCUCAGCCCCCUCAAGGCAGGAGUCCCGGCCGGCCACACCCUCGCCCUCAGCACACAAGUGGCCCGGCCCCACUGACACCCAAAUCACAGGGCGGAGCACCCAGGGUGGCCUCCCAGAACUCACCGCUGAAGCAGAAGAGGGGCAGGAGCCUUCUCGCCUUACUUCAAGAUCCAGGCUGCCAGAGAGGCAAAGAAUGCCGCUCCGUGUUGGCAUGCAGAAGCAGAGGGGUCCUGAUCUCCCCAGAAAGGCCUUCAUCCGUUGGCCCAGCCCAGUUAGAACCCGGCCACUGCAGCUCCAGACCUCAGAAUUCUCCACCCAGUGGGAGCAAAGAGGAGAUUAUCCUCUUACUGGAUUCAGAUGAAGAGCCAGAGCCACAACAAGCCCAAACAAUGCAUGCUUUUAAUAGCCCCCCAGGAGAAAGGAAAGUUCUAGAAAUGAGCCCCAAGUCCUCUGAGCUGUUUUCCAUCAUCGAUGUUGAUGCAGACCAGGAACCUUCCCAAAGCCCACCAGGAAGAGAGGCCGCACUGCAGCGGGAGUUGGAGGGGCCAUCAGGGAAGCAGGGCCCUGUGGGUGGCAGAGGGACCCCCCCGCUGUUCUGUGACCCUCGGAGCAGCCCUAGUGAGGACAGCAUGACAGACACAUCAUGGCUGGUGCCCGCCACCCCCCUAGCUAGCAGGAGCCGUGACUGUUCAUCGCAGACCCGAAUCACGGGCCUGGGGUCCAGGGCUUCAGAGGGUCAAACGGCUCAGCUCAAACCCAGGGUCCUGUUAGAAAACAGGGACAGGCCCGAAGCCACGAAUAAGCUGUCAGUGAUUGUGCCCCAGACGCUGCCGCCAUGCCCGGUGCCUGUCCCCCCAGGGGGCCCUGCCAGUGUCACCGGGACGGUCCAGAAGCACGCACCCCCUGGGCCAAGCCUGCUGGAUCCAGCCACAGCAAGUGAAGUGGUAGAGGUGGGGGACAGCGAAGAGGAGCCGGAGGCAGCCUCUCGUCGGGCGGACAGCAGCCCGCGGCGGGACGGUGGCCCCCCAGCCCCGGCUGACGGCUGCUGCUGGUACACAGAGCCCCUCUCACCGAUCCCCAUUGACCGCUUGAACCUGGAGUGGACCGGCCCUCUGAGCACCAGCAGCCCCGGCGGUAGGGCAGGGGAGGCCCCGGGCAGUGCUGACCACCCCCCCCCGGCACUCCUGGGCAUCACCCCCAUCCGAGAAAGCUUCUCUGGACAAAGAAGGUCUCAAGAGAAAUCCCCUUGGGCCAGUUCCCCUGGAGGCAGCAGGCCAAGCUUUCUGAAUUCAGCGCUGUGGGACGACUGGGACGCAGAAGAACAGAAGCCUCCAGAGGUUCUUCCUGUAGCCCAAGCUCCAAAAUCAGAAGGGCCACAGACACCAAAAGGUGCUAACCAGAAGAACUUGCCCCCGAAAGUGCCUAUAACCCCAAUGCCAAGAUACUCCAUCAUGGAGACCCCGGUACUGAAGAAAGAACUGGACAGGUUUGGGGUCCGCCCUCUGCCCAAACGGCAGAUGGUCCUGAAACUGAAGGAGAUAUUCCAGUACACUCACCAGACGCUGGGGUCAGACUCCGAGGAUGAGGUGCCCCUGAGGACUCCUCGCAGCCAGAGCCACACCACCAAGACCUCCGAGGCUUCAGGGACAGCUGGCCAUGUCCAGCUGGAGGCCACUUCUGAUCCCGUUCCCCAGAGAUCCAAGGGACCUGCUAAGACCAAGGGCCCCCUACAUCGAAAGCAGCGGCCUGGUGGAAGCACACCCUUGCUGGGCAUGUCACCAGCCGAGGUGGUAUGUCCAGGCCCUGAUGGUGACACCGAGCUCACGGCCUCCCAGGAGUCCACGGCCUCCUCUCUGGACAGCAGUGACAGCUCCUUUAGCUCACAAAGUUUUUCCGGUGAGUUUGGAGGAGCCUUUGAGUGUGCAGGAGACGGGGAAGGCGAGGAGGCGGCGGCCGGUGCGCCCCAGGCAGCCGUCCAGGCAGCAGCCACCGAGGAGGCUGUGUGGCGUCACAUCCGCACCACGCCGGCGCUCUACCGCAAGGUCCUGCUGUACCAGCCCUUUGAGCUGGCGGAGCUGCAGGCUGAGCUGAGGCAGCAUGGCAUCCGCGUGGCCAUGGGGAAACUGCUGGACUUCCUAGACGCCCACUGCAUCACCUUCACCAGCGCCGCGGCCCGGAAGGAGAAGCUGGAGGGGAAGAGGCGGCAGCCCGUGGGCAGGAAGAAGAGGGUCCGCACCAACGGGCCCGUCCCUGCCUCCCUAUCCCCUGCCGUCAGCAGCCUGUGAGAGGCUGCAGCUCCGUCAGCGAGCCAGGCCUCCACAGGCAUUUCUGGGCCUUGGGGCCUCGUCCACACCCGUUAGAGUGACGAUGGCUCUGGCCCGGAUCAGCACCCGUGACUCUUCCCUGGAGCAGUACUCCAAGCAUGUUGCCCACUGGAUUUGGGUCCCUGGCCCCCUCUCCCUAGGGGUGCCCACUGUUUGUCUCCCUUUCACCCCACUGGACCCCCAUGUGCAGAGGGUGGUGGGCCGCUACCAGCUGGCCGGAGCAUCUUUCACUCAUGAGCACCAGUCGUGGUCUGCCUGCCCUGAGAGGGACCCUGCCCCAGCUCCCUUCCUGGCACUCAGGCUGGCCUCCUGGCCUCCACCAGCAGUCAGAUGUCCGCAGGCCUCCCACACUGCCGUGCCCCAGGCCUUCUGGCCCAGCACCCGCCCUGUCACCAGCAGCCUCCAAGCCGCACAGCGCAGAGGGCGCAGCACAGCCCCGAAGCCCCCCAGCAGGCACUGGUGCCAUCGGUGUGUGAAAGCCGCACCUGGCAUCAGGCGGUGUGAGCACAGGCGAGGGCCCAGAAAGGACAGUCCGGGUCUGUGUCCUUGUGAAUGUCUUGUCUGUUCCAGAUGCAGUGCAGUCUGUUUUAUAUGAUGUGCAAUAAACACAAAAAGCCUUUAUAAAA